GCUUCAAACGGGCAACAAGACUGUCUUCAUUCUUCAACUAAUUCCCUGUCGACACAAACUAGGCGGCUCCCUCCUUCCUCUUUGUUCCCUUCCUCUUCGAGCUUUCCGCCAAAAAUCCACUGGCCGAUUUCUCCAAUCAAACCUCUCCCCAUCCUUAAAACCUUCAGCUCAGAGCUGUUUCCCCUGUGCCGCAUUCGGCAUUACCCUGUUUUUUCAUCCCCAUUCGGAAGCUUCUCACGGCCAAUGGCGCAAGUGGUGGCUACAAAAUCGAUUCAAGGCUCGCUGCUGAGCCCUGGCUCUUCUGGGUCGCUGCAAGAGCGAGCUGCGAGGCUGAAAGCUUCAAGCUUUUCCAGCUCCAAAACGUUCGGGCUCGAGAAUGAGAAGAAGAGGAGCAUUGGAGUUGCUCGUAGAAGCAGACCAAUGGCGGCUGUCACGAGAUCCGUCCGCAUUGAGCCUGAAGUGGUUCCCGUCUCGCCCGAAGAUGUUCCAAAGAGAGCGGAGAGGUUUAUGGAGUUGCAGCAGUUUGGGGAUACUUCAGUGGGAGUGUUGUCGAAGCCUACAGUGAAACGGAAGACGAAGAUCGUUUGCACCAUUGGGCCAUCGACGAAUACGAGGGAGAUGAUCUGGAAGCUGGCAGAAGCUGGAAUGAAUGUGGCUAGAAUGAACAUGUCUCAUGGGGAUCAUGCUUCCCAUCAGAAAGUGAUUGACUUGGUUAAGGAGUAUAAUGCUCAAUGCAAAGACAAUGUGAUUGCCAUUAUGAUUGAUACCAAGGGCCCUGAGGUUAGGAGCGGCGACUUGCCCCAACCGAUCAUGUUGGCGAAUGGCCAGGAAUUCACUUUUACAAUUCGUCGAGGAGUUGGAACAGUUGAUUGUGUGAGUGUGAACUAUGAUGAUUUUGUCAACGAUGUUGAAGUCGGUGACAUGAUUCUUGUUGAUGGUGGCAUGAUGUCUCUGCUUGUGAAGUCGAAGACCGAAGAUUCAGUGAAGUGUGAAGUUGUUGAUGGGGGUGAACUGAAGUCUAGACGCCAUCUUAAUGUUCGAGGAAAGAGUGCCACAUUGCCUUCCAUCACUGACAAGGAUUGGGAUGACAUAAAGUUUGGAGUGGACAACAAAGUAGAUUUCUAUGCUGUUUCGUUUGUCAAAGAUGCACAAGUUGUUCAUGAGUUGAAGAAUUAUCUCAAGAGCUGUGGUGCAGAUAUUCACGUUAUUGUAAAGAUUGAAAGUGCAGAUUCUAUACCCAAUUUGCACUCUAUAAUCACAGCAUCAGAUGGGGCAAUGGUUGCAAGAGGGGAUCUUGGAGCAGAACUCCCAAUUGAAGAAGUUCCACUUCUGCAGGAAGAAAUAAUCCGAUUGUGCCGAAGCAUGGGGAAAGCUGUUAUUGUCGCUACCAAUAUGUUGGAAAGUAUGAUUGUACAUCCUACUCCAACCAGAGCUGAGGUAUCAGAUAUUGCAAUUGCUGUUCGAGAGGGUGCGGAUGCAGUCAUGCUUUCUGGAGAAACUGCUCACGGAAAAUUCCCGUUGAAGGCUGUAAAGGUUAUGCACACAGUCUCAUUACGGACUGAAGCAACUUUGUCCCGCGGGCCAAUGCCAGUUGAUCUUGGCCAAGCUUUUAAGAAUCACAUGAGUGAGAUGUUUGCAUACCAUGCAACUAUGAUGUCGAACACUCUUGCGACAUCAAUCGUUGUCUUCACCAGGACCGGCUUCAUGGCUGUUUUGCUUAGCCAUUAUCGACCUUCAGGGACAAUUUUUGCUUUCACUAACGAGAAAAGGGUACAACAGAGGUUGGCAGCCUAUCAAGGAGUAUGUCCCAUUUACCUCGAAUUCUCCGAUGAUGCUGAAGAAACCUUUGCGGAUGCCUUGAAACUACUAAAGGAUCAAGGAAUGGUCAAGGCAGGCGAAGAGGUUGCUCUGGUUCAAAGUGGCAAGCAACCCAUUUGGCGAUUCCAGUCGACUCAUAAUAUCCAGGUCCGCGAAGUAUAGUAGGCACAACAAGGAUAACAAUCAUCAAAUCAUUUCCUCACUCUUGUGCAAUUCUAGAUGAAUCUGUAGAUUUGUUUUUACUGAAUUCUGCUCUGCUCUGUAUCAAGCAUUUUGUAGCAUGUAUUUGAAGAAACUAGUGGCUGUUCAAAGAAAAGCAUAAUGUACCCAUGUUUGCAAUGUUUGCUUUAUUAUUCCUUGUUUUACAAGGAUUCCCAAUAUGGAAAGUUAUCUCAUUUCUCAUACACUUUUCUGAAUGGAUGAAGUAUACCCAUUCUGAAGAUCCCAAUACCUAGACCAAAGCAUAACCCCUCCAUACUUGGGUGACUUCUUGAUCAGAGGAAGAAUCUGAGAUGUCAGCACAUCCGGCGGAACAUACCCACUACCAGCUGCCUGAAGAGCCGCCGGCAAACCCAGGAAUAUCUUGCCAGCUUUAAUCGAAGUCGUCCAUCGAUUCCACGAACUCACCAGGCUGUUUAUGUCACCUGAACCUGAAGAAUACUGGCACGGAGGGUUGUUAUAGAACUGGAUCCACACGUAGUCGAACAACCCUGUAUUAAGAGCAUUCCCCAAGUUUCUAUCGGGGAAAGGACACUGAGGAGCUGCAGUCAGGUACACCUUUCGACGACCUCUCUUGCAAUACGCAGACAAGUACCGUGCCAGAUCCUCCCAGUACAGAGUAGAGGCCUCAAUGUCGAAAUCGAUCCCGUCGAAGACAGCAUCCCCCAGCGGACGAGACGACGACUUCCCUCCCAGGAAGUUGUUCCAGAGGUACUCUGCCACGCCCUUGGCAUCUGCUCGAGAUGCCAACGAGUAGUUCCCGAUGCCACCUCCCAAGGAGAGCAUUACUUUGAUUCCUCUCGCCUGGCAGUCUCGGAUCCCGGUGCUGACCCCCUGGCAGCCGUUGGAAGCCGGGUUGCAGUGGCCUGCCAGGUUGAGCUCGGGGAUCUGGCCGUUGCCAAAAUUGUUGAGGAAGGCUAUGUUGACAUAGGCGUACUUUCCGGUGGCACAUGUCUCCGAGAGGGUCCCUUCGUUGCCGUUCUGGCCCCAGUAGAUGGCCACCCCACCAGCGGCGGAGCAGGACUGGAUUACUGAGAGCAGAAGGAUUGGAAGGAGAACAAUGAGCAGUUUGGGCUGGGAAUUCUUCGCCAUUGUUGCUCUUCAAGGAUAAUGAAGGUUUGAACUUUGUUGAUGUAGAUGACAGAAGGCUGGUGCUUCUUUAUAUAGAGACCUGUAGAGUGCAGGCCAGUAGCCUGGUGCGUGUGAUCAGACUGUCCGAUUUCGCUGACUUUGCCACCUCGGAUAACUUAUCGGUGCUGGUAAGCCAAUAAGCCAUUCUCUGAAUGAUCGGUUGCAGCGCCGCCAGGAUUGUUAAUGGAUUGAAGGUCUUGCACUUGCAGCAGCACGGAUAAGAUUUUACAAUUCGAUUGGCCACUGUUGGGGGAGCAUUGCUGAACCGUUGAAGUGUUGUCUUGUUUAUUCGUGCUUGCAGCUCAGUUUGGGCUGCUAUGCACUAUGAAAUCACCUCACAUCCAGGCCUGGAGCUGGCUGCCUGCGACCCAACCAAAUACUUUCCCUCCGUUUUUCUCCCCUAGUCUGUCGCUUGACAUGAACCUUCCAAUCAACUGGCACUAGGAACUGCUGUUAAGUCGCCUUCUGAUAACAAAAUCACCACCUUCUUCACCAGUAGUCUCCACAAGAGCAGAUUCCGUCGGAGAAACGAUGGAAGCGGUUGGUAUCUCUCACAAUGAUCUCACGUCCAGUGAUCUUGGACAUCAGCUUGAUAGCAACAUGACAAUCCCCACAAACACGGAGAUUCUUGGUGAUUCUGAUCGUCAUCCCAGGCUUAGUAUUCAGAAGAGCGAACGAAAUGGCCAACUUCUCACUAUGAACCACCAGAUGCCCUUCUUUAUCCUCUUCCUCCACGUCAUGUAAAGCAGAAUCAGUCUCUGGAGUGUAACCCAACUCCUUCAUCUUCCCAACCAAAACAUCGAGCUCUUUGUAGAUCUUCUUGGACUGUGGAUGAGACUGAUCACCAGCGAGAAAUGAAUAAACACGGUCAUCGAUCUCGACAUUACUAAUCGCUGGUACUUUCGUGAUUCCUUUGCUCAUCAUGAUUGAUCUGAUUAUAUCCACAUUCUGCCAUCUUCCAGCCUUGGCAUAGAUAUUGGAUAGCAACACGUAGUAGCCUGAUUGCUCGGGAGCUAGUUUGAAGAGUUGGUCAGCUGCUAGGAGCCCAACAUCAAUGUUGGAAUAGACCCUGCAAGCAGAUAAAAGUGCCCCCCAAACUCGUUCACUUGGCUCCAUAGGCAUCUGGGUUAUGAACCGAUACGCCUGGUCUAUUCGCCCAGCUCGCCCCAGAAGAUCUACAACACAAGCAUAAUGUUCCACCAUAGGCGGUAUCCCGUGCUCAGCCAUUAGAUCGAAGUAGUACAUCCCUUUAUCCACUAAUCCUGCAUGACUGCAAGCAGCCAGAACUGAAACGAAUGCAAUCGAAUCAGGAUUCAAACCGGAUUCCUGCAUUUGUGAGAAGAGCUUGACAGCUUGAUCCCCUUGACCGCUUCUGCCAUAAGCAGAGAUCAUCGAGGUCCACGACACAACGUCACGAACCUGCAUUUCAUCAAACACUUUUCUUCCCUCAAUCAAGCACCCACAUUUGGCGUACAUAUCGAUCAGGGCAUUCUCCAGAAGCAGAUUAGGACGGAGGGCCUUUCGUACUACAUAAUCGUGGAUUUUCCUUCCUAACGAUGCAGCUGAAACGUCUCCACAUGCUGGGAGAACUGUGGAUAUAGUGACUGCAUCAGGUUCCAAGCCCUGCACCUCCAUCUGCGAAAACAGAUCGACUGCUUCAUUAGGCAUGGAGUUGUUCACGUACACGGAAAUCAUCACGUUCCAAGGAACCAAGCUCUUGUUGUUCGCCAUCUUCGUAAACAUGUCCUUAACAUAGGACACGU